CUGUUGUUCCCCUUUGGCCCGACUGGGGGAGCUGUAGAGCAGCUGCUGCUCGGGUUGCUAUCCACGCGAGAUGUUACAAAUGUCACGUGAUACUAGCCACUUGUUAAGAAUUCCCGAAAGAUGGCGGCGGCGCCUUCAGAUGAGGUUAGCCUGCAGUCACGCAUCAAUAAAGCUACCAAUCCUCUGAAUAAGGACACUGACUGGGAAACUAUCAAGGCUUUUUGUGAUCAGAUUGACAAUGAACCAGACGGCCCUCAGCUUGCGACCAGACUUCUGGCCCAUAAAGUCCAGUCUCCUCAGGAGUGGGAGGCGAUGCAAGCGCUGACGGCACUUGAGACUUGUAUGAGGAACUGUGGAAAGCGGUUUCACAGCGAAGUGGGGAAGUUUCGCUUUCUUAAUGAGCUCAUCAAGGUGGUCUCACCUAAGUAUUUAGGAGCCCGGGCUCCAGAGCCAGUGAAGAAGAAGGUUUUAGAAAUAAUGUACAGCUGGACUGUGAAGCUCCCUGAUGAGACCAAGAUAACAGAAGCUUAUCACAUGCUGAAAAAACAGGGCAUUGUAAAGCAAGAUCCUGUUCUUCCUGAUGACAAGCUCCUCCCACCCCCUCCACCAAGAGCCAAAAGUGCCAUCUUUGAGGAUGAGGAGAAGUCCAAGAUGUUGUCCCGCUUAUUGAACAGCACUCACCCAGAUGAUUUAAGAGCAGCAAACAAGCUCAUCAAGGAAAUGGUCCAAGAGGAUCAAAAGCGAGUGGAGAAAGUAUCAAAGCGAGUAAACGCCAUUCAGGAGGUGAACGAAAGUGUGAGCCUGCUGAGCCAACUGCUAGAGGGCUACAGCCAGGAUGGCUGCUCCCAGAGCAACCUGGAGCUCAUUAAGGAUCUUUACCAGCGCUGUGAAAAGAUGAGGCCUACGCUCUUCAGAUUAGCGAGUGAUACCGAGGACAACGACGAAGCGCUGGCGGAUAUCUUGCAGGCAAACGACAGCCUGACGCAAGUCAUCAAUCUUUACAGAGAGCUGGUAAAGGGCGAGGAGGUGACCAAAGAUGGGACUGUGAUGCCACAGCCAGACUUGAAAUCGCCCGGCAAGGGUUCGGCCCUUGUGGACCUGACCGGACUGAGCACAGAACCGUCCAACCCGGAGUUUUCCGGCCCACAGACCCUGACUCAGAACGUGGCUUUGAGCCUUUUGGAUGACGAACUAAUGUCUCUGGGACUGAAUGUAACAGAAAACUGUGACUCUAACAGCAUCUCGCAGUCUUUAGCUGCUGCAGAAUUGCCUGCUCCGUCUGUGCCAGCUGCAGUGUUGCUGCCAGCUGUGCGUCACACACCCCGGACUGCUCCAGCAGGGGUCCCUCCUGUUCCCCCUAAAGCCAUGGAGGAGCUGGACCUGCUGGGGAAGACAUUGAUACAGCAGUCUCUACCACCAGAGAGCCAGCAGGUCAAAUGGGACAAGAUCCAGCCCCCGUCUAAAGUCACUUUACGAGAUCUCCAGACCAUGUCCAGCAGCAGCUGUCAGCACGCUCCGCCCACAGCCCCCACCUGCCCUGAUCCGGCUCCAGCUCCCGGCCAGGCGUCCGGCCCGGGCUCCGGGUCAGAGCAGGCACAGGCGCUCCUCCUCUCCGCUCUCAGUCUGACAGAGAAAAGCCCGUCGGCCGCCGCUGACCCCGGAGACAGCAUCUCUCUGGCCGACGUGGCGGUACCGCUGGAAUCGAUCAAACCGAGCAGCUUGCUACCAGUGACCGUGUUCGACAAGCACAGCCUGCGGGUUUUGUUCACCUUUGCGAGGGACUGUCCUCCGUCCAGACCCGACGUCCUGGUGGUGAUCAUCUCCAUGCUGUCCUCUGCCCCCAUUCCCGUCACCAACAUCCGUUUCCAGGCCGCUGUGCCCAAAGUGAUGAAAGUAAAGCUGCAGCCUCCCUCCAGCACUGAGCUUCCAGCAUUCAACCCCAUCCUGCCUCCGGCUGCUGUCACACAGAUCCUCCUGCUGGCCAAUCCUCAAAAGGAAAAAGUACGCCUGCGGUACAAACUAACAUUCAACUUGGGGGAAAAGUCUCACGACGAAUCCGGUGACGUCGACCAGUUCCCACCUCCAAACACUUGGGGGAACCUUUAGAGAGAAGAACCAGUCGCCCCUCAUCCGACCAGCUGCUUCCUUUUUACUUUUGAGUCGAAGUCGUCCUUCAGCUGAGAACAGCUGGCCUCAGAAAUACAGACGGAUACGAGAGCAGUUGUGGAGACCAGUUUACCUUGUGCCUUCUUUUCUCCUCCUUUGUUCAUGUCCAUGUUGGCCAGUGGUGUUGCUACUUUGUCCCCCAACAAUCAGCCCACUGCAUUCACAACGAGCCGACAAGCUGAGCCUUUUCAAAAAAAGAUGAAUGUGUGAGUUUGUCCAGUUCGCAGGCCGCUACAAAAAAAAAAGCCAGACGCCCCGUCAAUCACCGGUUCGCUUUAUUUUGAGCUGAUCAGAUGCUCAUUCUGUAGCGAGCGCCUGACGCCGUCCUGCUUGUUACAGUUUGCAUGACCAGUGUUUGUUCCCAGCUGGUUGUUUCCUUUCAGCCCCUCAGAAAUGUUGAAGUAUUCCCGAGCUUAAAGUUCCAGCACAUAAAAAAGAAAUACUGUUAUUUAAAAUAGAAAGGAUCUGAAUUACUUAAAAUGAAAAUCCUGAGCUAGUGUUUUCAAAAAGAGGUGCAGCAUUCGUGUGCUUGUGAGAAAACAAGCUGCUGGUGUUUUUUUCUCUGGGACACGUAGACAAAAUUAGACUUUUUUGUUUUUGUUUUCUUAAACCUCUGGAUUUGUUUGAGCUUAGUAUGUUUAGAAUAUGAGGAGCCGAUCGGAAAUGCUGGAACCAAAUCAUCUAGAGAGCAAACGUGAUGAACCUGCAUGUGGUUUUUAAGUGGGUUUCAUUGCUUUUGAGGUAAAAAAGAAAGUGUAUUUCAAGCUUUGAGGAAGCAGGUAAAAAAAGCACAGCUGCUGUUACAAGCCUCGCUUAGGCCACCAAACCCACCGCAGGACUCUGAAACUGAACAUGCCAGUCGAGUUUGGGGAUUCAUUACCUUCUGUUUUUUUCUUUUUGACAUGUACAAUCAGGGCACACAGUCCCUGUCCGUAAAAUCGUAUUUUUGUUUUGCACUUUUUGUACAUUCUCUGAAGUUUCUGUUGAUUUUAGAUUGUUUGACUCAGGAUUUGUUUUCGUUCAGUUUAAAUCCACAUGCACUUUUGUUUUUAAAAAAAAUAUAUGUAUAUAUUUUGCACAUGAAAAUCAUUCCCUUUUGCAGUCAACUGUCCUGUUUUUUUUAUUUUUAUCGGUAAUUGAUCCAAAGAAGGACGUUAAGUCCUGAGCCCGACAUCCGGUUUGAUUCUGCCACAUGUGCCUGAGAUUUGAUUUUCUUUUGCUUUGUACAUAUAAUAUAUACAGAUGACCAACUUGUUUUCACAUGUUCAUGUCCCAAAAAGAGAAAAAAUACAGUGAAGAGUCCCUCUUGUAGAUGUAGAGUUGAUGUGCGAACUGAAAAAAGCGUGAGACUGGAGGGAAACGGGCUCUGCUGGAGGAAGAAAGAGAAUAAAACCUCUGCUGUGUUUAACUGCAAAAGAGCUCAAAGUCCCGAGAAUUUACUUAAUGAGACGAGGGAUCCAAGACUUUUACCGAUGAUGGUUUUGAUUCAGCUGAACACUGACUUGAAUCUGUUAAAAAAUCAUUUAGUAUUCAAUAAAUUAUGAUUAGAAGCUGACAUAAGCCAUUGUAUGUGCCAUAAAUCUGU